AUGAAUGCAUCCAAAUCAUUAAAAAAGAAAGCAAUUGGUAGAAAAAGAAAGAGUACAACGAGCGCUUAUCCCACUGACUAUGCCUCUAUUGCAGCUGUAACGGUGUAUGGCAGGCAAUCCUCUGCCUACGAAAAACCUGAGCGGUAUGCACCUUAUGAUAGUACUUCGCCUUUCGAAAGUUUGUAUGCGUCGUCUUCGUCUACUAUAUCUACUGAUUCCACCAGUAGUCUCCAAACAAAUGUUACUGUGGUACGUCCCGCGACUGAUACAUGGCUUCCCCCUAUCUCAAGUUUGUUAUGUCAGCAAGAACAACAACGCCAGUCACCAAGCAAUUAUGGGAGCGAUUAUAACGCUCAAGAUUACUAUUACUGUUAUCCUCCAGCACCUAUAAAUCACUAUUCCGCACCUUAUGAAAGGGGUGCUUCUACUACUAGCUAUGUACUAAAUGACACUUAUCCAUAUAAUUGGUCUAACAACAUAAUUAAAACAGAGCCCUCUAUUUCAUACCACAUUACUUCCUCGCAAAAGAAAGCUACCAACCAUACAAGCUCUUCUAGCACAAGUACAACUGUUUCUGCUAAUCCUUAUUGGGCUCAAGAGAAGGCUAGACCUACCAAACUUAAUAGGAAUCGUUACAACUGUUCCUAUGAUGGCAAUCAGCAGCAAAGAAUAGACGCAGCAUUGCCUAUUAUUCCUUUCUUUUUCCAUCAUCAGCAAUUUGGAAUCGAAGCUUGUAUGCUUCAAUUAGACCAGCAGAAAAAACUGCAGCAGCAGUAG